AUGGGAUCAAACGAUUUCAUCUGGGUGCUGCUUCUCUCCUUGUGUUGCUGCUCCUGGGUGCACAGCCUCGACAACACUGCUACAAGUGGAUCAUUGAAUUCCUUGGUUCAAGAUUUUGCUUUCAGGUCACUGGUCAAACACAGGCCUCCAACUGGUGCUCUGUAUGAUGCUCUUCUUCCAAGGAACCUGUCUGGUAUGGCUGUUUCAGUAGUGCGUCUCAGAAGCAGAAGGCUCUGGAACAAAGGUGCGAACUUUAGCUACUUCAAGAUUCCACCAAGAACCAUGUCCAUUCCCCAUGUUAGGAGGUUGGCUAUUGUGUACCAAAACUUGGGCAAUUGGUCUUCCCACUACUACAAUUUGCCAGGUUACUCGCUCAUCUCUUCUGUCGUUGGCUUCAUGGUUUUUGAUGCUUCAAAUGUAACUAACACAAGCGUGAGAAACCUCACUCUCAACACAAUGGGGCAGCCCAUAUCUAUUCAAUUCCCCAACACUACAUUUAUGGGUAGUGGUAGUAUCAAAUCAAGGGUGAGAUGUGUAACUUUCAAUGCCAAUGGAACAUUUCAACUUACUGAUAUGGGUUCCCCUGGGGUGUGUUACUCAAGAGAUCAGGGCCACUUUUCAGUUGUGAUUCCAAUGGAGAAGAACCGGGGACCAUGGUAUCUAUGGGUGAUUGGCUCUGUGGUUGGAUUUUUUGGGUUGAUUAUAAUUGGCUAUGCGGGAUUUUCUUCCAUGAGACUUCUCAAGAGCAAGAGGAUUCAAGCCAUGGAAAAGCAAGCUAAUGAAGAUCAGGUUCUUGAAAGUAGAUGGGUUGGCAAUAGUAAAAUGCCGUCAGCAGCAGUGACAAGAACUCAGCCAGUUAUUGAGAGUGGUGUUCUUUAG